CGCUCAUCUUCUGGAAGUUUCAGCUACGGUGCUAUAUAUGUUCCUCAGAUUCCCCUCACGGGUACACUCAUCUGGAAGCUGAUUACGGAUUUUCUACCUCCCAAACUGGCAACCUGCAUGUUGUUGAGGGGGAGGCGCUAGUUCACAGUAGUUUCUGGAAAGGAACCUCAUGCUUACACCAUGGAGAAAAGAAAACAAUGAUGAAUCCCUUUGCCAUGCCCAACUUGUAUCAGAAGCUGGAGAGUGAUCCUCGGACUCGUGAGCUGCUGGCAGAUCCCAGCUACAGAGCACUGCUAGAGCAGCUCAAGAGCAAACCAUCUGAGCUUGGAACGAAGCUGCAGGAUCCCAGAGUGAUGACUACUCUCUCUGUGCUUCUUGGACUAAACCUCUCUGAGAUGGAGGAGGAUGAAGAGCCAACUCCUCCUCCUCCCGCAAAACCCAAAGAGACUCAGCCACCUCCUCCCAAAGAGGAAGACCUCCCUGAAAACAAGAGAAAGGCCUUAAAGGAAAAGGAGCUUGGGAAUGCUGCAUAUAAGAAUAAAGACUUUGAAACGGCACUGAAACAUUAUGAAGAAGCGAUUAAACACGACCCAACAAACAUGACUUACAUAUCUAAUCAAGCAGCUGUGUACUUUGAGAAGGGAGAUUUUGACAAGUGCAGAGAGCUGUGUGAGAAAGCCAUUGAUGUUGGCAGAGAGAACAGAGAAGACUACAGACAAAUUGCUAAGAGACUACCCCUUAGCCAUGAAACAUUACACUGAGGCCAUCAAGAGAAACCCUAAUGAUGCCAAACUCUUCAGUAACAGAGCUGCCUGCUACACAAAGCUGCUGGAGUUUCAGCUUGCCCUGAAGGAUUGUGAAGAGUGCAUCAAACUAGAGCCCACCUUCAUAAAGGGCUACACACGUAAAGGAGCUGCUCUGGAGGCCAUGAAAGACUAUUCCAAAGCUAUGGAUGCAUACCAGAAGGCUCUAGAGCUUGACUCUUCCUCAAAGGAAGCCUCAGAAGGCAUUCAGCGCUGCAUGGUAAGUCAGGCCAUGAGGAAUGACAGCCCUGAGGAAGUGAAGAAAAGGGCCAUGGCUGAUCCAGAGGUGCAGCAAAUUAUGUCUGACCCAGCCAUGCGUAUGAUCCUUGAGCAGAUGCAGAAGGACCCACAGGCCCUUAGCGACCACUUAAAGAAUCCAGUUAUUGCUCAGAAGAUACAGAAACUCAUCGAUGUUGGACUGAUAGCCAUUCGUUAAUGGGAGACAUGAGCCACAGCUGUUAAACCCUCCAAAAUGAAACUUCUUUUACUUAUUCUUUCUUUCUUUUUCUUUUUUUUUUCCUCUUUCUUUUUCUUUGCCUUCAAAUCCAACAUAUUAUUUUCCUGUUCUCACUAAGACUGUAUGUGUUUGGUUUAUUUUUUUUUUUAUAUAUUUUUUUUUUAUAAAGUUUCACAAGUUUAAAAUUGUUUUGAUCAAAGCAAGUUUCAUCUGGAAAGCUUCAGACUCCAGAUAACUUUAAGAAAAGAAAUCGGAUUCAUGUGUACGGGUGUUUUUAAUACAUCUAAAAAAUAAUAAUAAUAAAACGAUGCAGUACACCGUCAUGUUCAGUGUUUAAAGGGCAAAUCCAUCCUCAGGCUUUUCUCAUUUUCCUAGUGGUUCAUGAUUUAAAGACAGCAGAAAAGAGAAGAGUAAAAAUCACUCCAAAUAAUGAUUAUAAUGUGCAGCACAUCUCAAAUUGAAGUUGUCCCUGACCUUUGUAUUGUCAACUUUAAGGUUUAAUUAAAUACGGUGCUUUUAUGUUGAAACGCCAAAUUCGCAUUCCUUGGCGCUUCCUCUUCUGGUCAUUUCCUACACCUCAAGUGCAAAGUUUAAUCCAAUCCCUUUUAACACCUAAAUGCACGUGUGAGACUCUUAAAAACAUAUUAAACGUUAUUAUGAUUUGGACGCGUAUCAUCUACAGCUGUCUCUAAGCAACAGCACAAUUUAGUCAUUAGAUUGGAACAGAUGGUGAUUAAGUGUAAAUGGAUUUUAAAGAUGGUCUGAAUGUGAUAGUUAAAGGGUGGAUUUACCUUUCAGUGCUAGCACAUGCUGGAUGAGUGUGUUGACUUGUGCGUUAACUUAGAUUAACCCCAUUGCACCCUGUCACAACUUGCUAAUGUGCAUCACACCCAGCAAAGUCGUUUUGUUUUAUCUUUGCACAUACUGCUGUUACAUGUCCUCUCUGUGACAGCUCAGCUUUUUUUUUUUUCUUUUUUUCUUUUCAGAGGAAAGACAAGUUAUACUUCUAACUAACAUUCUGCCACAAUUUUGCCAAUUUGUGGCUUCAGAUACCUCAAAGUUACAACAUUGUCAUAGUAUCUUUGUGCUACGGUUUCCAAGAGGGACUCAAAUAUUCUAUUGUAAUGCCUUUUGUUUCCACACAUACACAGUAGAAUAAUAAAAUGUAGUUAUUUGUGCAGCACAGCAACGAAAUAGGGCAUUUCUAUCAUUCAAGUCCCCAUUGUAAUCAUAAAGUACACACAUCUCACAUGAUGUAAACAGAAUUGUCCAUGGAAGUGUAAUGUACUAAUGGAAACCAGUUGUACUGUGAAAUAUACAGUAUCUGAAUGUA